AUUUACAAAGUCUUUAUUUCCAUCUUUUUCUUUUCUUAUAUCAAAUAACUUUUAAUUAAUUCACUCCAAUCACUGGAAGAGCAGCUACUUAAUAGUAUAACAAUACUAGACCACAGGGAAUUGAAAGGGAAAAGGAGAGAACUCUGAGAUGUAUAUCUGUGUCUUUGCCUGUGGGGGAUUUGGCCAAGAGUCAAUGAUUAAACUGUGGAGCAAAAGCACACAAGCCCAGUGAGAAGUGAAUGGCUAAAUUGCAGGGUAAAAGCACAUAGUUUCUAUGAGAAAUGAAUGGUUAAACAAGAAGUUUAGAUUAGUGAAGCAUGUUGUGGCUGGCCAUUAUCAUUCCUCUUUCCCCAAAGAAACUGCUCAUCCUUGAGACAGCUCCUUUCUCAAACUGUUUUUUGUCUGCAUUUUCCAUUUCCACUGAUAUUCUAAAUAAAAUCUGGAGAGUUCUCAGCUUCAGGGCUUCUCCUGAGAGUCUCCCUAAUGCUGGGUGCUCUCAUUUGAGAUAGCCCCUUUGUGCCUCUCAAUGAUUGAACUAAGUCUCAUCUCCAAGUAAUCAUUCAUCCUCUAUGCCAUCAUGAUUGUGCACUUUGACAAGCGGUGUCCCAUGUGAAGAAAAAUCGCCUGCUGCAGAUCAGCAGAUGGAUCUUCCAAGUCUGGAAAAGGAACAAGAAAGCAUCUGACUCUUCAUCCUGGAAAUCUGAGAAGCAAUGAGUCUGCUAAGGCUCCCCGUAGCUCUCCUUGUUCUCUCUGUUGCAUUAAAGGAACUGAAAGCUACACCUAUUGCAAGUGACACCAGUCAUCAGGUGGACAAACGGAAAUGCAACACUGCCACAUGUACAAUACAACGCCUGACAAAUUUUUUGGUUCGUUCCAGCCACAAUCUCGGCGCUGUUCUCCUGCCUACUGAUGUGGGGUCCAAUACAUAUGGCAAGAGGAAUGCAGCUGAGGUUUUAGACAGAGAACUCCUGCAUUACUUACCCCUUUAGAGGUCAACAUCCCUCUAUAUAAUUCUCAUUUUAUGUGUACUCUGCUGAUUUCCUGUACACUUUAACAGUGCCUUUUUCAUUUCUAGUGUAAAUGUGUGCCUCUGUAAGUUCCGUGUUUGUUAGCAGUACUUAUAAAUUGUCAUGGUAAAAUUUGUUUGAAAUUUAGUACUAGUUAAGAUCUCAGAAUAGAUAACAAUGUCUUUAAAAAUAAAAUGUGCUUGCUACACCUCUUUAUUUUAAACAACAUUUAAAAAGUUAUUUUUAGCUUAGAUUUGAUGACCUAAGUUUAAAAUAAAGGAGAAAAAUGAUAGCUUGAAACUUGGUAACUCAUAAAAGCUAGUCGUAAAGUUUUGAUUCUGAACAUUACAAAAUCAGCAGUUGUCAGUACCUUUGUUAAGCAGUCCUUUAUGCACCAGCAUUACAAAAACGACGCUGCUUAACAAAAUCAGGCAAUAAAAUCAUGCUCCUGAUUCAAUAAAAAACAAAUGGGGGGGGGCGGUUUGACCAGGAAUCUAACGCAGGACCUUGCGCUUACAAGGCAGGCAUAGCGCCACUGAUCUAAAUCCCUGGCUCUCAAUAAAAAUAUUUUUGAAAAUUCUGUUCUUUGCUUGCUGGAAUUAGGAGGUUAAAGUUAAAAAGCAUGUGUGUCCAGGAGGAUUUUAUUAGCACUGAGCUUUUGUGAAAGGUAUACACUCUUUAUUCUCUUAAGGUAGCUUUCAACAAAACCCAAUAUUUUUAUUCUGGAUACUUAAAAAAAAAACUGUGUCCCAUUCAUCAUAUCUUCAGUUAAAAGACCACCGACUUCUGGAAACUAUGUGCUGGAUGAGAACUUAGUUAUUUGGCCAAAUUGAUUGGACCUUUCUAGCAGAGGUUUUUUUAGUGGGAGCUACACUAUUGGAUGUGGAAGGAAACAAUUUGUUUUGAAGUCAGAUCCUUACAGGCUUUCUUCUUUCCCCAGACUGUGUGGUAGGCACCUUUAGAAAUAGCAUCAAUUCACAUGAAAAUCCAGAAUAACAUAUUAUAUCAUUUCUAAAGGCCCUCAGAUUAUAUUUUAAAAAUAGGAAAAGGGGAACAUCUCAUCUUAGGGAGAAUAUGACUCAUUGCCUUGAUUUCUACAUUAAAACUUCUAUUUAUGAAGUAUGCUUUAGAUUACCAAAUGACAAAGAUGGUUGUUUUCAGUGAAUGUAU